UUGUUGCUAAAAUGUUGUCUCGCUGGUCGCGCAAAGCUGUUGAUAAAUACUUGACCUUCCAAGUACUACGCAGCACAGCAGGACGGACACGGCAUUACAGCACCGACAAACAGUUUAACAUCAAAGAUGAAGUACUGGACGGCCGGCCACUUUACUUGGAUGCUCAAGCGACCACAUCGUUGGACCCAAGAGUACUUGAUGCCAUGAUGCCAUACAUGACCGCUUACUAUGGAAAUCCACACUCGCGAACGCACGCUUACGGUUGGGAAUCAGAACAAGCUGUCGAGAAGGCCCGCUCCCAGGUAGCGUCCCUUAUUGGUGCGGAUCCAAAGGAGGUUGUGUUCACAUCCGGUGCAACAGAAUCGAACAACAUCUCGGUGAAGGGCAUUGCGCGUUUCUAUGGCGUGAAGAAAAAGCACAUCAUCACGACGCAGACCGAGCACAAGUGCGUGCUGGAUUCUUGCCGUGCGCUGGAGGGUGAAGGAUUCCACGUGACGUACCUGCCGGUACAAACCAACGGACUAAUCAGCAUGGAAGAGCUGGAACGAGCAAUCACUCCGGAAACAUCACUCGUAUCCGUAAUGACGGUAAAUAAUGAGAUCGGUGUGAAGCAACCGGUCGCCGAGAUUGGACGCCUGUGCAAAGCGAAGAAAGUGUUCUUCCACACGGAUGCCGCCCAAGCCAUUGGAAAAAUACCGAUCGAUGUGAACAAAAUGAACAUCGAUCUGAUGUCCAUAUCGGGGCACAAAAUCUACGGUCCAAAGGGUAUCGGAGCGUUGUACGUGCGCCGCAAGCCACGCGUUCGGGUGGAAGCGAUACAGAGCGGUGGUGGACAGGAAAGAGGCCUGCGAAGUGGAACCGUACCAACGCCGUUGGCCGUCGGUUUGGGUGCCGCUUGUGAGAUAGCAAGUCGUGAGAUGGCGUACGAUCACCGAUGGAUGGAGUUCCUGUCGAAGCGGUUGAUGGAUAAAAUAUUUGCCGAACUGCCGCAGGUUAUCAGAAACGGUGAUCCGGUGCAUACGUAUCCGGGUUGUAUCAAUCUUUCGUUUGCGUACGUUGAGGGUGAAUCGUUACUGAUGGCGCUGAAGGAUGUGGCACUUUCCAGUGGAUCGGCGUGCACGUCUGCUUCGCUGGAGCCGUCGUACGUGUUGCGGGCGAUCGGUACGGAAGAAGAUUUGGCGCACAGCUCGAUCCGUUUCGGUAUUGGACGUUUUACGACGAUCGAGGAGGUGGAUUAUACGGCGGAGAAGUGCAUCAAACACGUUACACGAUUGCGCGAGAUGUCUCCGCUGUGGGAGAUGGUACAGGAAGGAGUGGAUAUUAAGAGCAUCAAGUGGUCGCAGCAUUAAAGCGCUCGGGAUUGGUAUCGCUGGUGUAAUAACGAUAGUUUCGUUUUCUUGCAAUUGUUUGUAGGUUGAGGCACAUGCUAAAUUAAAGCUUGUAUAAAAAAACAAACGAAAUACAUUGUAUAUUUU